GGCAAACCGAGCCGGCGUUUUGCUUUAGUUUCUCAAUAGCAAGCGACGGAGGUGGACGCGAGUGUCGCGCGCGCCAUCACCUCCAGUGAAACUCGUACAACGUAUUGCAAACUAAAUGUGCAUUUAACUGUACGGAUCUGUAUUUAUGAAAUAAAAUGUGUAAAACGCAGUGUGUUUUGGCGUUGUUGGCGCUCUCCGUGGGGGUGGCCCACUCCUGGGACAUAGCCGUGACGUCAGGAGACCGGCUAGAAUUUUUUUUAAGCAACGGAACUAAAUCGCAAACAGAAGAAUCACAGUUCAGAGACCUCACGCUGCUAGCUUACGAUGCAGUACACAACAUGCUACUGUUCGUGGACAAACAGAGCGACAACGCAUCUAUAUUUAGUUUCAACAUUACAAGCAAGAAGUACCAAUCUUUAGUUGCAAAGAAAGCAUAUGAAAAUAUCCAAGGUUUGGCCUUUGAUCCAGUGAAAGGAUUGCUCUUCUGGACUGACACAAACGACAGAAGCAUAUACUGGAUUUCAUUGAAGCCUGGAUAUAAGAACCAUCUGUACGGCAAUCUUUUGAUCAAGAUGGAUGAUGAGCUUCCCAGAGCCAUUGCAGUGGACAGCUGCAGAGGGUACGUCUACUGGACUAACACCAACGUUAAAAAGCCUACGAUAGAAAGAGCUCUCUACGACGGCACCAAAAGAGAGGUCAUAGUAGACAACAACAUUUAUAUGCCAGUCAGCUUGGCCAUUGACCAACAGACGAAGAAACUGUACUGGGCUGAUGAUAGAGAAGGUAUUCAUUAUUCUAUAGAGAGUGCAGAUUUGGAUGGAACGAACAGGAAAACUUUGUUAACUGGAAUACAUCAUCAGCCGAAUACAUUGACGGUCUCAAAGGACUCCAUCUACUGGGUGGACUGGGGCUUCAAAUCUGUAUGGCAACUACCAAAGAACCCGCCGAUAGAGCCAGAGCCAGUGCAGAUUAGUAGCUUCCCCGAGAACCCUUUUGGAAUUGCCGCUAAUUAUAAGAUUGAAGAUCAAAUUCAAGGAAUUGAGGAAUGUCAAGCACUAAAGAGUCUGCCUCAAAAUAACACUGAAAUAAGCGACUCUUCCAACGUUCCUAAGGAUGUCGGCCUAUUUUGUGUUCACGGUACUAAAGUUAAUGGGAAACUGUUGUGCAAAUGUACGCUUGGCUACACUGGUGAUAGAUGCGACAUUUCAGUAUGCCAGAACUAUUGUUUCCAAGGAGAUUGUGGUGUCAAUGACAAAGGAAAGCCAGAAUGCAGAUGUAAUGCUGGUUACUCUGGACAGAGAUGUGAAGUCAAUGAGUGUCACGGUUACUGUUUGAACAAUGGGGCUUGUUCUUUGAAUGAGAAAAAUGAACGUGAAUGUCAAUGUAUAGGAGACUUUGAAGGGUCAAGAUGUGAGACACCUAAAGUGUUCACUACCACUACCAUGCCCACUACUACAGCUGCCACUACGAAUUCUACUCCUAGUCCCACUACCACUACUACUACUAUUACGGAGGCACCAGCUACGGCAGAAACUAACACAAGUUGCCAGUGCAAUAACACUGAUUCUGAAGAUGAACCAAGGUCAUCAAUGUCGAUGUCUUCGCAAAGUGCUAUCAUAGAGACCUGCGGUGACGGAUGGGACUCCGUGAGAGACCCUAUCAUCAUAAUCCUGGCCAUCAUCUGCAGUGCGCUCUUCUUGGCUUGUGUAGUACUUGUCACCAAAAUUCUACAGCUGAAGAAGAGACCAAGAAUCAAGAAGCGUAUAAUCGUGAACAAAAAUGUUACGCCGAUGACAGCAAGGCCUGACCAAUGCGAGAUCACGAUUGAAAACUGUUGCAACAUGAAUAUUUGCGAAACUGUUGAUAAUGCUUGGGCAAGUCAUCUGCAAUGAAUUUGAUCCUUGAGCCGAUGCAAUAAGCCGUGUUUCGAACCGAGAUCUACCAUUCGGCCAUCUUUACUAGACUCAAAGCCAGGAAAAGAAGAAAAGAAGAAUCUAAUUGCAAAUAUGGAGUACCCAGACGACCCAUACUAACAUUUUCGGUUAUUUUAUGUGGCGUACAAUACUUUGGCUAUAACACUAAGGCACAAUAUACAUAAGGAAUUAUUCAAAAAAUAUGGAAUUUUUAUACAUUGCAGCUGAAGUUAGAAUGAAAAAGUUUGGCCACUUUUUUAUGAUCGGUCUGUGAUGUCGGUGCUAAUUUCUGUGGUGGAUAUUACUGCACAAAGUUCAUACUUUUCUACCUUAACUAAUGGUAAAGUUUAAUACAGAAUUUUCUUGAGAAAACUAUACAUUUAAAUGUCAUAUAUACAGCAUUAACAAUUCAUUACAGCGUCGAUACGAAAAAAUCAACACUGUGUUAAAAAAAUACAUUUUGAAUUAUGAGACCUUAAGAAAAGGUUCAUAAUUACUUGUUCCCAUACUGAAUAUUCCUUAUAAUAUUGUGCUAAGGUUUACAUAUAUGUGAUAUUUGAUUAAGGAUUGAGAAAUAUGACGCGAUAAAACGAUUACAUUAAUCUUUUACGUCGUCUGAGGGCUGUGUAUGAUUGCUAAAAUCUGAGUGCAUGGUAACUAGAUUUUAGGUGUUAUUAUUUAUUUCAGUUCAAAGAGAACAGGCAUAUCGACGAUACGUAAACCUUAGGGGACAGUGCUAAAAUUUACAUUACAGUAGACAUUUUUUUUCAUUCACAAGGUGCCUUCCUGUUAACUUAGCGAUUAACAUAUCUGUUUUGUUCCAAAAUCAUGUGAAUUUUAGCAUAGUUCCUAUGAUGUAGGCAUUUGAGUCGAUUUUUCGUUAUUUUUCUCCAUUUUCCUAUGUAGAAUGUCCUCUUUUUAAAUUGCAAGAUGUCGAUUCCUUUCUUUUCUUUAUUGGUUAAGUUAUAGUGACUUUGUGCCAAAGUUUUUAAAGUUUUUUUUUUUAUAAAAUUUGUUGCUUCCUUACACGAUAAUAAAAGAAUAUGAUCGGCUUCUAAUAACGUGAAAUGGUCUCGAAAUGAAAGAUAAAGUAGCAUUUAUAAAUUAUGAAAAAAUAGUGUACUUGAUUAUGGGUGCAGAUUUUUUGUUAUUAUUAUUAUUUUCUAAUUUACUGUUACCAUUUUUUUUUGUAAUAAUUACUAUGAUUUUUUUAUUUAAUUGAUAAUAUUUUUUUGAUUAUUUUCGACAUUGCCAUUGUAGAAAAUUCAUUGAAAGUUAUCAAAAAAGAGUUAGUUGAAUGGGUUGUAUUGUACGUCUUUUAACCGACUUGAAAAAAAGGAGGUUGCUUUGAGACUUAAUUUUUUUAUUCCGUCUUUGUGUUCAAUAUUUAACUCCACCAAUUUGUCAUCUGUGAGUUUUUUACAGGCUCAUUUCAGAUAUUUUACUGCCAUUGUCAUGAAUGGGUCGUUUUGUAAAAAAAGAUAAGUUUUUCCAAAACCAAAAUGAAAACGCGACUGUAAACUAUUGAAAAAAAAAACUUGUUCCUAUUUAGAGAAUGAUCAUUCAUAAUUUUCAUGAACUAUUAGGAUUAUUUUUGACGACCAAAAAAACGAAAAUGUUGACAAUGAAAAUUAUUUAGGAUCAUCUCAAAAAGUGAAUUUUGUUAAUCUAGGAACGCUAAACUUAAGGUUCAAUUUUCCAAUCAUCAUAAAAAAAUAAAUUUUAUAAACCUGACCAAAAAAAAAAAUGCAAUAUUGAUUAAAAGUUAUUCCGACAUUUUAUAUAAUUAUAUUCAAAUUAAAUUAUCCGAUGAUUGCAAAAAUGAACCUUAAAGACAUCCCGCAGACUUGAAAUUUCAAUAAAACAAUCAUUUUUUUAUACAAUUUGCGGGAUUUUAAAGUUUCAAAGGUCACACAAACUUGCCGGUUUAAUGUCAAGACUGUGGCUCAAAAGAAUUAGUACAGUCAGCGACGAUAAAAACUGUUGUUAUGAAAAUAGGACGUCCAAGGUUGUUUAUUUAGUUUGUAAAUCAUUGUAUGAAAUCAACUAUACCGACUGCUUACAAAAUAAAAAUUUUCUUUUGCCAAAAUUGUGAAAAAUAUGAGUGAGAAUUUGUUAUAUUGGUCGGCAAUAAUAUCACACUCGAUGUUUAGAUAAAGAUUAUUCGGUUUAGAAAAGAAUUGUGCCUUUUGGCUGUGUUGUUAAGCUGAUUGUCUUUUACUAAAACCGUGUGUUGUAUUGAAUUAUAUUUAAAUUGGCUUUGUGGGCAGUGUGAAUAGUUUUUUCAGAAGCAAGGUGCCUCACUUCUCGAUUUAAACUAAGCUUUGGACUACAGACUUGCAACGGCUUUUAUAUGAUUUUAUUAAAGGACGCAUGCGUGGUAUUAUUUAUACCAUUUAGUUUGUUAGUGAUGUGCCAAUAAGUCCGUAGUCCCAGGUUCGAGGCUCAGGUCGUUCUGAACGGUGGAACCGUUUAGCUUUUAGUGUAAGAAUUUGCGUUCCUAUAGAUAAUUCUAAAAUAUAUAUUUAUCAGAGUACCUCAAUAUAGAUAAAUAAUUUAUUGAAAGUGAAAUAUUUUAUUUAGGAAAUUUGCGAAUUAGUGACAAAUUAUUAUUAUAAUAGUUCAGUGGUAGAAUAAGAAAAACGAUUAUUUGGUUAUUGGUUAUACAUAUUAUUUUGGUGCUGACUGUAUUUUUCUUGUUAGCACAGAAUCUCAAGUUGUGAAAACAUAUUGUACUUACUAAUGAUUUUAAUUCGAUAAUUCUGUUACUAUAUAAAUGACGUGUAAACGCCUAGUGAAGGAAUUUUGAUACCAUCGAAAAAAGCUUACAGUAUUUUAAGCUGAAUGAGCCAUCCUUAUAUAAACAACCAAUUAUUCCAUUUUACACCUUACGACCUUAGUAACAAAGUUUAAAAUGCAAAAAUCUUUAACUAGGCGUUGAAUCAAAAUAGUCAGUUGUACUUACAAUUUACAUACUUUUUAAUACGUUGACUGUACUUACUAAAACUUAGCAGCUAUCUUACAAAGCAAAGGCACCAUUACUUAAGUUUUUUCCUAUAUUGGUGGUACUUAGACAAUUAGAAAUUUAUUAUUUUUGUAGUUAGUUUAGCUAUAGUCGUGGAUUGAUAAUAUCCACAUGAGAAAUGUGAUAUUAUUGAGUCUUUGUAUAAGCCUAAGUUAGUGAAUAUUGUGAUUAAAUAGUAAUAUUAUAAUAAAUUAAAAGAGCUUGCAUAAA